AUGGAGAAUGCUUCUUCACCUUCACCACCACAAAAGCCUACCACCCUUUUAACUUUCCCUAAAGCCUUAGCAACCUCUUCUUCAAAGAUCAAACAUGUCAUAGUGGAUUUUGCAAUCAAAGCUAAGAACAUAGGGGUAGAUGACCCUAGAAGAAUUGUGCACUCAUUGAAGGUAGCAUUAGCGAUUACUCUUGUCUCAAUGGUUUACUAUCUCCAACCACUCUACAAUGGAAUGGGCGAUGCUGGAAUGUGGGCUAUCUUAACUGUGGUUGUUGUUUUUGAAUACACCGUAGGUGCGACUUUAUGUAAAGGAAUGAAUAGAGGUCUCGCGACGCUACUAGCUGGUGCAUUAGGCAUCGGUGCUGAAUCCUUUGCUAGCCUCUUCGGGACAACCGCUAAACCCAUUGUUCUUGGUUGUCUUGUCUUCAUAUUAGUUGGUGCUGCCACCUUUUCAAGAUUCAUUCCCAACAUUAAAAGAAGAUACGAUUAUGGGGUUCUGAUAUUUAUCCUGACUUUUAGCCUCGUAUCUGUAUCGGGUUAUCGAGUUGAAAGAAUCAUAGAGCUUGCUCAUAAGCGAUUAUCAACCAUUCUUUUCGGUGGUGCAACUUGUAUCAUCAUCUCCAUGUGUGUUUGCCCAGUGUGGGCUGGUGAAGAUCUUCAUCAACUCAUUGCUGAAAAUUUGGAAAAGCUUGCAAAUUUCCUAGAAGGAUUUGGAGGUGAAUACUUCAGAAUAACAGAAGGUGACAAACCAUCGCUUGCAUCUUAUAAAAGCGUCCUUAAUUCUAAAGCCACUGAGGAAUCCCUGGCAAAUUUCGCAUGGUGGGAAGUAGGACAUGGAAAAUUUCGAUUUCGUCAUCCAUGGAAACAAUACCUGACGAUCGGAGCAUUGACACGACAAUGUGCAUACCAUAUUGAAGCUCUUAACGGAUACCUCGAUAAAAAAACUGAAGCUCCCUCAGAACUUCAGAAAACAAUUAAAGAACCAUGCAUGAAGAUGAGCUCUGAAGUAGGAAAGGCCAUGAAAGAAUUAGGGUUGUCGAUAAAACUAAUGAUGCAUCCUUCUGGUUCUGCAUCUGCCAUUCAUAUGGAAAGUUGCAAAAAGGCGAAAGAAGAACUCAAUACGAUAUUACAAACUGUAAUGGUGGGAGAACAUGAUAUCAGUGAAACCAUACCCGUUAUCGCCGUCACUUCAAUACUAGUUGACAUCAUAAAGCGCGUUGAAACAAUUUCAGAGGCCAUUGAAGAACUUGCUAAACAAGCCCACUUCAAAAAAUCCAAGAAUACUAAAUUAGACAAAAAAGAAAAACCGAACUUUCCUAAUGAUGGUGGACCUCCAGAUCCUGCUAAUGGUGGAAAGAAUAGAGAAUCUGUCGCUAUAACUGUUGCUAGUCUUAACAGAGGAUGA